CUAUCCCAUACUGUCUAUACAUUCUACAUACUAACUAUCCCAUACUGUCUAAACAUUCUACAUACUAACUAUCCCAUACUGUCUAUAACAAUAUAACAUAUAACAUAUCACAUACCCUAUAACAUAGUGCCAUUUAUCUCCAAAUAUAUAUCCCUUUCCCCAUUCCAGCUCCCCCUAAAACCAUGUACUCCCAUCCCCAAGCAGACCGACGACCGCCGACCGCAAAGAAAUAACAUCCAAGGAGAUUUGCCACCAGCAUGCGUCGCGCAAACACACACAGUUCCGUAGAGCAAACGCCGUAAAUUAAUUCGAUUUGAUUGCGUCUAAUAUCACGACUCCGCCGCAGGAAAUAUAUCAUGUCGCCACCAACAACGAGACCAACAACAAGACCAACAACAAGACCAACAACAAGACCACCAACAAGACCACAGACCACGAAAAAUAUAACUCCAUCAUGCCAUUGCAAAAUCCAGACCCAACCCCCGAUCCCGUGACAUCCCCUUCCCUACUGGCCCUAAUGCAGGUACCGCCGCCGUCGCAUCUUCCCCCGCCACAACACAACUACAACUACAACAGCACACGCCACCAUCACCAUGGCCACCACGGCCCCCGUUCCCAUCCCAAUCCCCAUCCCCUUCCCCCCGACGCGCCACGACCGCAGCGCCUUAAUCCUGUACGCCUCCGAGACCGGCACUAGCGAAGAUGCCGCAUAUCUACUUGGCCGUAUAGCCCAACGUCUCCGGUUCACAACGCGGGUGGCGGCUAUGGAUGGCGAGGGGGUUAAUGUCAACGAACUCCGCAAAUAUACGAUUGUCGUCUUCGCGGUCUCGACGACGGGGCAGGGCGAUUUCCCCGCCAACGGGAGGAGGCUGUGGAAGUCGCUGCUGAGGAAGAGUAUCCCGGCUGGGUACCUGCGUCACGUGGAUUUUACGACGUUUGGGUUUGGGGAUCGAUCGUAUGCGAAGUUCAACUGGGCUGCGAGAAAACUGCAUAGGCGGCUGCAGCAGUUAGGAGCCAAGGAGUUUUAUGCCAGAGGAGAGGGAGACGACCAGCACGACGAAGGGACGGACGGUGCGCUUAUACCUUGGUCUCUAGGGUUGAAGAGGCAUCUCGUGGAGAACUAUCCGCUUCCUGACGGGAUAGAGCCUAUUCCAGACGAAGAGUUUCUACCACCAAAGUAUAUUCUCCAGAUCGUGAAUCCUGAGAUCGAUUCCGAUACUCCAACACAAAACGAAACAUCUCCAAAGAUGAACGAAGGCACCAAUGACCCCUGCCUCAAAGAGGGCUUCGAUGAAGCCGACCUUAUCACGGAUGAGACACCGCCUUCCCAGGACAUCAUCCAGAUCCCCGGCCACAAAGUCCUGACGCUCAAGAAAAACAUCCGCAUCACAGCCGAGGACCAUUUCCAAGAUGUGCGCCACAUCGCGCUUGAGAUGGAAGGCAGCAUCCGCUACGAACCCGGCGACGUCCUAACCCUCUACCCCAAGAACUUCCCCGCCGAUGUCAACUCCCUCAUCGCCCUUCAGGGCUGGACUUCCAUUGCCGACAAACCCCUCCAAGUCAUCGAUAGCGCUGCCCAUCCCACCUCCCCUCCUUUUACAGCCGCUAUUCUAGACCUCCACUUCCCCGUCGGUCGCCCUCCCACCCUCCGUGACCUCCUCACCCACAACCUCGACAUAACAGCCAUCCCACGCCGCUCCUUCCUCGGCGCCUGCGCCCACUUCACGGGCGACGAAACCCACAAGACCAAACUCCAAGAAUUCUCCAACCCAGCCUACACAGACGAGUACUUCGACUACACCACCCGCCCCCGCCGUUCCAUCCUCGAAAUCCUCCAGGACUUCCCCACCGUCAAACUCCCCUUCCGGAACGCCCUGGCCCUCUUCCCCCGCCUACGCGGCCGUCAAUUCUCCAUCUCCUCCGGCGGCGUCCUGCGCCAGCCCAACGGUAAAGAAACCACCAUCUUCCACCUCACCAUCGCCCUCGUCCGCUACCGCACCGUCCUCCGCAAAAUCCGCCAGGGCGUCUGCUCUCGCUACAUCACGUCCCUCCAACCCGGCACCCCCCUCGCCGUCACCCUCUCCGACGGCUCCCUCAGCAUCAGCGCCCAGGACUCACCCCUCUUCCACCGCCCGCUCCUGAUGAUCGCCCCCGGCACCGGCGUCGCCCCCAUGCGCAGCCUAAUCUGGGAGCGCUCCCUGGUCCUCAACCAGGAGGACGAGCUACGCGGCAUCGAGUGCGGCAGCGAGAACACCUUCGAGGGAGCUCCGCGCGCCAAGACGGUGCUGAUCUUUGGCGGGCGCAACCGCAACGGCGAUUUCCUGUACGAGCACGAGUGGCGGGAUCACAAGCUCGGGAUCGAUGUUUUGGUGGCGUGGAGCAGGGAUCAGCGCGAGAAGGUGUACGUGCAGGAUGUCAUCCGCCGCGAGGCGCAGAUGGUGUGGAAGAUGCUGAGGCCGUGGGAGCUGGUGAGGCCGUGGGAGGCAAGGGGGGGAAUCUGCAUGAUGCGGAGAGGGGGGUUGAUCCCAACUGGAUGGGGGAUGGGACGGUGAUUGUGUGUGGGAGCUCCGGGAAGAUGCCGAUGGCGGUCAGGGCGGCGAUUGUGGAUGUGUUUGCGGAGGGGUUUGGGGGGGAUAGGGAGAAGGCGGAGGCGGGGGUGAAGUGGUUGGAGAGGGAGGGGAGGUAUUUGCAGGAGACUUGGUAGGUUGGGUAUUGUGAUGGUACCGACAUGUUCUUCGGGUUAUAUGAUAGAUGGGGGGAAGGAAUUAUGGAUUGAGUUUAGAGAGAAAGGGGGUUCGGAGCUGAGGAAGAGUCGGUAUAGGAAUCAAGAAUGGAAGUAUUCAACCGCAUCCAGCCUUUAUUCGUGGAGUUUUCGAAUUUGUGGUGUGUUUAUUUUACGUUAUUUCCCUUACUCUUCUCACCAUGCUUUUCUCUAGGCAGGCCUCAUAAACCCUCUACAGGAGCAGAAGUAGCUAUUUCUGAACCCGGCAUAGAAGUCGUACUCAUCGUCAUUCCUCCUCCUCCUCAGCCUUCACCCGUCCCCUCCGGCACCACACCUCCCACUGUUCUUGCGGGCGUCUUCACUGCUUCCGACUUCUCUCCCACCACAUCCCACGUCUGCGGAAUCUCACUACUGCAACAACCGACUUCGUCCAGACCGUCUCCUCUCCCCCCCCCUUCCACCGACUCCACGGUAGCAUAAAUCCUCGGCAUAACAUCCGUAACAACCCCCCCUUUUUCCCCCACCAGCGUCCUCCGAUUCGUGGAGAUAGGCACGGUAAGCGCGCCACCAGUGGCGGUGGAGGUGGGGAGGAGGUGGCAGUAUGCGUCUUUGGUGGAGGAGGUAGAGGUAUUCGCUUGCGAGGGGGGUGGAGAGGCGGGUUGUGGUGUGGGUGCGGAUUUCGGAU